AUGGGCCUCUCCCCUGCCCAGAUCUCCCGCCUCGUUAAAUUCGAUCCGGGGAUCUUGGUCUCCCCGUCCCGAAUCCCCCGCCUCGAGUUCUACAUCUCCUUGCUGGGCUCCUACGACAAGGUGGAAGUGGCCCUCAAGACAAGGUUGUACAUCCUCGGCCGGAACAUCGAGAAGGUAGUCGAGCCCAAUACGGCCUUCUUGCAGCAGUGCGGCCUAACUGCUUGUCACAUUGCCAAGCUCAUUGUGCGCACCGAACUGCUCACCAUGGAGCCAGAGCGUGUGAAAGAAAUGGUGGCGCGUGCCGAGAUGUUGGGCGUGCGCCGUUGUUCGGGAUUGUUCAUGAAAGCCCUGGUGAUUGUCUGCAACUUCGCUCCUGUGAAUGUUAGUGCAAAACGGGACUUGUUGGAGAAGGCUCUUGGAUGCUCUGAAGCUGAGUACGUCAGAGGCAAGGCACCAGGCAUUCUGAGUACGUCAGAGGGGAAGUUGGUUCAGACCAUUGAGUUCCUGAAAAUGGAGGUUAUGUUGGAUGCUUCAUACAUAGCGCGCAGGCCUGUAAUGCUGUCUUAUAGCUUGGAGAGGCGGUUGAUGCCCCGGCACUAUGUCAUACAAGUUCUGAAGGCGAAGGAACUGGUGACAAAAGACAUUGAUUUUUACAGUGUGUUUGCUCUGACCGAGAAGAGAUUUGUAGAGAAGUUCCUUGACCGCUAUAAUGAGUGUGUUCCAGGGCUUGCAGAUGCCUAUGCUGCUGCUUGCGCAGGGCAAAUUCCUAAAGUCCAACUGUGA